AUGGCGCAAUUCUCCAAGAUGGCGGCCCACGGUCUGCGCUCCAACCAUCUCGUCAAGUUUGCAGAUGACACAACACUGGUGGGCCUCAUCACCAACAGCGAUGAGACCCACUACAGGAAAGAGGUGGAGUUACUGACCAGAUGGUGCACGGACAACAACCUCCUGCUAAACGUCAGCAAGACCAAGGAGAUUGUCGUCAGCUUCCGGAGAAGCCACACCCAAUACCCCCCACUGACCAUCAACGGUGCUGCAGUGGAAAGGGUGAGCAGCACCAAGUUCCUGGGUGUGUACAUCAGCGACGACCUCUCCUGGACCACCAACACAACAGCACUGGCCAAGAAAGCACAGCAGCGCCUCUACUUCCUGCGCAAAGUGAAGCGGGCAAGCGUCCCACCACCCAUCAUGAUCACGUUCUAUAGAGGAACCACUGAGAGCAUCCUUACCAGCUGCAUCACCGUGUGGGGCGGGAGCUACUUAUACACCACCCGCCUCACCCGCAAAGCCAUCACAAUCGUCAGUGAUGCAAAUCACCCUGCACACAGCCUGUUCAGCCUCCGGCCCUCUGGAAGGAGGUGCUUGCACUUUGUUGUGUUUUCCUACUAUGCGCAGGUAACCAAUCAGUCCCCGCCUAAUUUCACGCAGCAUGUAAGCGAGCAGAGCAAAGUGACGGACCGCGUGAGCCGCAGGCUGAUCCGGAUCUACCAGCUGUACAGCCGGACCAGCGGCAAGCACGUGCAGGUCCUGCCCAACAAGAAGAUCAACGCCAUGGCCGACGAUGGAGACGUGCACGCGAAGCUCCUCGUGGAAACAGACACGUUUGGAAGUCGAGUUCGAAUCAAAGGAGCAGAAACAGGGUUCUACAUCUGCAUGAACAAGAAGGGGAAGCUGAUCGGCAAGACAAACGGUCUGGGUCGUGACUGCAUCUUCACGGAGAUCGUUCUGGAGAACAACUACACGGCUCUGAGGAACGCGCGCUACGAGGGCUGGUACAUGGCCUUCACCCGCCGCGGGCGGCCGCGGAAAGGCUCCAGGACCCGGCAGCACCAGCGCGAGGUCCACUUCAUGAAGAGGCUGCCGAAGGGCCAGGAGCCGGCGCUGCCCGGGCUGCACCGGCCCUUCGACUUCGUCCGGUUCCCCUUCAGCCAGAGAACUAAACGUGCGCGGUUCCAGUCCCAGCGCUGA